AGUCCAAAUCCUCAUUAGAAAGUCCAUACGCCGAGCGACACAGUGUUCCGGUCACUAGCAUCCUCCUCCGGAACAUCGUCGCAGUCACCGUUCCGACUGCUCACUGUUGUACACCACCCCCGCUCGGAGCUGUAAUCGUUACCCAAUUCAAUAGUAAAACUGAAGUAAUUUCUUCUUCCCCUUUUGUUUUCACACUUCCCCCAAUGUUAUCCACAAACCUUAGCCUCUUCCACCCGAAGCCCUCCCCGCUCUUUCCUCUUCCUUCCACCUCCCUCCGUUGCAGUGCCACCGGAGACAUUUCCUCCGGUCCGAUUUUUCCCAGGUGGUUCCAGUUUCCAACGAGUUCCGAGGUGUUCGGCGGCCUCCGAAUCGGACAGGAAUAUACUGAGACUGCCAGCGGCAUCGGCAGUGGCAGCGUGAAGGUGAAGAAGUGGUUGAGGAACAGAGAGAGUUACUUGGCUGAUGAUAGUGAUGCUCUUCCCCUCCCCAUGACUUAUCCCGACUCCUCUCCUGUGUCUCCGGAGGAAAUUGACAAGCGACUGCAGUGUGAUCCCCAAGUUCAGGACUGUAAGGAAGUGGUUUAUGAAUGGACUGGACAAUGCAGGAGUUGCCAAGGUUCAGGAUAUGUAAGCUAUUACAAUAAAAGAGGGGAAGAGAUGAUCUGCAAAUGUAUAGCUUGUGCUGGAAUUGGAUAUGUGCAUAAGAUAACAGCUCGGAAGGACAUUGAAGUGAUGGAGGAUUUGGAUAAUGGAAAACCUCCAUGAUGUCAGGAAUAUCUUUCUAUAUCUGCAAUGAGUUGUAUUCCUUUUUCCAUUUAUGUAGAUUAGCCUUUACAUGCUUAAAGGUUAUAGGCAGCCUCUCCCAAAAGUGAGUUUGGCUUAAAGAGAAUCUAGCUGACAGAUGCAAAGGAAAUAAUUGUUACUUUUGCAAAGAAUGUAUUCUUGUUCUUUUCUUCUCAAUCACAUCUUUGUUCUUAUCUUGUUACUUAAGAAUCUUUUUGUUGAAUGAAUGCUUGCCUUUUGU